GGCUGCCCAAAUUAUGACUGUGGUUGGAAAAAUAAUAAAAAAAAAUUGAUGGGUUUUAGUCGUCGAGGCUGAGGAGGCGUGGCUUAUAGGUGUACGUCACAGUAAGCGUGACUAUGAGGGCAGCGGUUUUUUGCGUGAGUCACACGACAGGAAAUCAGCUCAGGAUUUAGUUUGUCGCUCGCACAUUUUUUGGGCAGUCUGCUUUAUUCCCACCUCACGCGAGCGUGCUGCUGGAGGAAGGCUUCCAGAAGUGGACGGUACGCGGAGAAUGUGAUCAGUUUCGACUCCGCCUCUCUGGCAGUGAUGUGUACUUUGGAGAACAGCGCGGAGCGUCAACAGAUAUCUUCCGACCAGGAGCUGAUGUUGGAGCUGAAGACCAGGAGGCCUCCGUCCCUGCUGGGCCGAGCGGGCUGUGAGAGCUGGAGCGUGGACUUCUCCCCGGACGGGUCGUGGUUCGCCUGGUCCAUGGGUCACGGCAUCGUGUGGGUGGUCGCCUGGCCCCUGGACUCGGAAGACAGCCUGAAUGGGGAGAACGAUCGAGGAGACAAGAGCUUUAGUUGUGGUCACCCAGUGUGGGGACUCGCCUUUGGACCCAGACCUCCAAAAUCGACUGCAGCGGUUUGCUCAGUUAGAGCGCCAUCUAAAGGAAACAACAGUCUUCUUUUAGCCACAGGUUUGGAAAAUGGUGUGAUCAAAAUCUGGAACGUUCUAUCAGGCGAUGCUGUUUUUAAUCUGCACAGCCACGAAGGCGUUGUGAGGAAUCUGGUCUUCCCUCAGAACGGAACCCUCACACUCGUAUCGUCUUCUCGGGACAAGACCUUGAGGAUUUGGGAUUUGAGUCAGAAAGGUAAAUUGGUGCAGGUGCUUUCUGGCCAUAAAGACUGGAUCAGCUGCUGCUGUGUGUCACCAGACUGCAGUAUGAUUGCGUCUGUUGGCAGGUUCGACAGAAUGGUGUGUCUGUGGAGUUUGCGGUCGUACACGUUCAUCAGGACCCUUAAAGGAGGGUCCCAGAAGACCUUGUACCUGAUGUCCGGCUGUAACUUCUCACCUGAUGGGGCGCUGCUCGCCACUGCAGCCUUCAGCAGCUCCAGCUGGUGGAUCGACCUCUGGGACCCGUACACUGCUGACAAACUGACCACUCUAGUCGACUACUUUGAGGAUUACGGACAAAACCAAAUCUCAGCAAUACAAUUCUCCCCUGACGGAUUGCACUUGGCUGUUGUGACUGAUAACAGAGCACUGCAGGUUUGGGAGCCGGGGAAGAGAGGCAUGGUGAUGCAGACUAAAGUGGACCAAUUAUCUAACGGACUCUGCUGCAACUUUCAUCCACAAGGAGGCGUGGUCGCCACAGGAACCAGAGACGGUCACGUGAGGUUCUGGAGGACGCCCAGGACAGUGCCCAGCCUGAGCCACUUGUGUCGAUUUGCCCUCCGCCGGGCCGUCUCCACACCUCAGAUAGAGCCGCUACCGCUCCCUAAAAGUACGCUGCAGUUCCUCACAUACCGAAAUAUCCCAUCCCGCCUGACAACCUGCUGUUCUUCGGACGAGGAAUGGGAAAGGUGAACUGUGGGCAGUCAUUUUAUGCCACUUGACUUAAGAAGCCAUCCAUCCAUUUACUAAUCCUGCAUAUCUCAGUUGGGAGAUCCCCAUCUGGAACAUUCCUACACUAAAGAUUUAUUUUUUUUUGCACUAAGUGAUGCCUGUAAUAUGUUUUAAGUUUAUUUGACUUGAAUAUUCCUGUUUUAGAUCACUAAUUUAUUCUGUAAAUACUAAAUGUAUAUCUGGUUAUUAAUUUUAUCAUAAACCAGCUACGAUCAUAUCUCUUUAUGCAAAAUGUUUUAUUAAACAGAUUCAAAUACA